AUGGCAAGAGGCCGGGCAGCCUCCACCAGCGGCGACGCUCUCCUUAUUUCUCACUCUGGUGCCCCGUGUGUCACUCCUCCUGCUCCUCUCCUCUCCUCUUUUGUCCCUCCUUGCUGCCUCAAACUUCUUCUCCUUCUCCUCCUCCUUGCUACGUUCAACCUCUCCGCCUCCUCCAAUCUUCCCGUCGAAGUGACAGGACAAGGCCCUGGCAGGACAGUUGUUCGACUCCCCAAGCCCGGCCUGGAGCCCGGCCUAGAGCCCGGCCUGGAGCCCGGCCUAGAGCCCGGCCUAGAGCCCGGCCUAGAGCCCGGCCUGGAGCCCGGCCUGGAGCCCGGCCUGGAGCCCGGCCUGGAGCCCGGCCUAGAGCCCGGCCUGGAGCCCGGCCUAGAGCCCGGCCUAGAGCCCGGCCUGGAGCCCGGCCUGGAGCCCGGCCUGGAGCCCGGCCUGGAGCCCGGCCUGGAGCCCGGCCUAGAGCCCGGCCUGGAGCCCGGCCUAGAGCCCGGCCUGGAGCCCGGCCUGGAGCCCGGCCUAGAGCCCGGCCUAGAGCCCGGCCUGGAGCCCGGCCUGGAGCCCGGCCUGGAGCCCGGCCUAGAGCCCGGCCUGGAGCCCGGCCUAGAGCCCGGCCUGGAGCCCGGCCUGGAGCCCGGCCUAGAGCCCGGCCUAGAGCCCGGCCUGGAGCCCGGCCUAGAGCCCGGCCCGGGCUUGUAA